UGAUGUGUGGAAUAAAUUUUAAAUCUCAUUUUUCAGAAACAUAGUCGAUCAUAAGAAAGAAAAGAAGCCAAGAAUGAAAUUCUCUUCGUACUUACUGAUAUUGUUUAUCUUUCUCUUUCUCUUUGUGUUCCAAAGCUCCAAUAGUUCUAAUCUUAUCUCUCAAUCUUGCAAGGAGGCAUCGAAGAAUGACCCAAAUUUGAAGUAUGAUUUCUGUGUUGAAUCUCUUGAAGAUGGGUCCUCCAAGUUGCAACCACCACCGAGCAACCUGGAAGGUCUUGUGUGCAUGUCAACUCAACUUACCAAGUCCAACGGAAGCAACAUGGUUUCCAUGAUUUCAAAGCUCCUGAAGGAUAAAAGUUAUAAUCAAUACGUAAAGGCUUGCUUACGAGAUUGCUUUGAUCUUUACUCGGAUUCCCUUUGGGAUUUAGAUGAUGCUGUGGUUGCUAUCAAGCAGAAAGAUUUUGACACUGCUGCUAUAAAGUUGAGUGCUUCCUUGGAUAACUCUGAUACAUGUGAAGAUCAAUUCAAGGAAAAGAAGGGUGAAACGUCUCCUUUAACAAAGGAAAAUCAAGUCUACUUCCAACUCAAUGUAAUAUCCCUGGCCUUCCUCCAAAUGAUUCGCCAACAUUAUUGAUGAAACUUAAGCAUGUCAUAUACAAUUAUACAUUAAUAUUACGAGCUUUCUAUAAGCCUGGUAUAGCUUGUGCAAAAGUCUUUAUCUGUCACCAAGUAUUCAGACUGACCAAUAAAUAAAGUUAUUCGCCUCAUUUUACUCCUAAAAUAUUAUUUUAUUGGGUGUCUCUUUUUCUUGGUUUGCGUGAUGAUAACAGUUAGAAUAUGUUUAUAUUCUUUCUAUUAUUUUUUUUUUUUAUGAGUGAGUGAUGGAAUAGAUAAAACGUUGAUCUGACACAUGGAUGAUUGGGACUUGGAACAUGCACGCAUUUUUUAACGUGGGUUGGGAAGUUUUCCACCACCCCGAACUCGAUAUCCCCUAGUGUGAUAUGGUACGUUGGCUAAAAUCAAUUACAUAAGUAAAUCUGUUCUUUUUGGCAUAUUACAUGUGUUGUUGGAAUGAGUGGAAGUGAAGAAGAAUUAUGCUGAAGGAGAAUAGAAAAAGCCCUCAUGAUUGGUAACUUUACGUUAAUUUUGUGCCACCAAUCUUAUAGGGAUGUCAUUUUUUUUCUAAGUAAUUUACUUUACCUCAUUUUUCACACGUUUGUCUCACCACUAACCAUCUUUGUACUACUUCUUUCUUUCCAUAGGUUAGAUACUUUUUAAAUCAAUAUAUUUUUAAU